AUGGUGAAAACGGUUCUUCAUGAGCUUGUAAAGCUUCGUGGGACAAUAAUAAAUGGUCAUUUUUCCAUGGUCCCAAUUGACAUGGAACCCCAACCCAUAAUCCUUGCCUACAUCGAUCUUAAUCUUCAGACAUUGGCUGCUGCCAGAAUGUUGACCCCUGCUGGCCCUGUUGGUCAAACUCAUUGGGGUGAUUCCAUGGCCAAUUAUCCAAUGCCUGCCACGCAUUCUGCAGAUGCCCAAUUGAAGCAUGAACUUUCUGCGAUAUUCAAGAAAAUUGGAGACAAGCAAACAUGCAGUAUCGGUCUAUACGAACUAUACCGUAUAACACAAUUAUACCCACAUGUUGACAUAUCUAUGCUCCUAGACCUUUAUGUGCUGCUGUUAAUCAUGCAUCUCUUUCCUCUACAAACCAAUUCUCUUUUUGAUAGUCAUGCAAAUGCAAAUCCUGGGGCAUAUAGUCCUAUUUGA